UAUCAGCGGUUCAAGUUCAGCUUUGUGUCCUAGUCCUCCUAGCUCACUUUUCAGCCACCUUCGCCAUGCUUCACUCUGUCAUCGCUGCCAUUGUCCUCAGUGCCUCGCUCGUUCUCGGUUCUCCCGUGAACAGCACGCUUGCUGGAAGGCUAUGUGGAACCACGAUCUCUGAGGAGAAGCUUGUCGCUGCUGAGGUGCACUUCGCAGCCAACGCUGUGCCAAAGGCUGAUUUCACUAUUGCCGCGGCUACCGUUCCUGUUUACUUCCACGUUAUCAGCAAGGACUCCACCCUCGCCGGUGGCAAUGUCCCUGAUUCUCAAAUCGCGGACCAGAUCACCGUCCUGAACGAGGACUACGCUGGCUCUGGCUUGUCUUUCAGCUUGGCCGCGACAACUCGUACUGUCAACUCGCAGUGGUUCAACCAAGUUGGCCCCGAUUCCUCGCUGCAGACCACGAUGAAGAACCAGCUUCGCCAAGGUGGUGCUAACGCUCUCAAUGUCUACACUGUUGGUUUCGCCUCUGGCUCUGGUGCUGGUCUCCUCGGUUACGCUACUUUCCCCUCUGACUACGCGAGCGACCCCAAGGACGAUGGCGUUGUUAUCCUGUUCUCUUCGCUCCCUGGCGGAUCCACUCAGAACUACAACCUCGGCAGGACUUUGACUCAUGAAGCUGGACACUGGGUUGGUCUUUACCACACGUUCCAGGGCGGUUGCAGCGGCACUGGUGAUUCAGUCAGCGAUACUCCCCCCGAAGCUUCCCCUGCUUCUGGCUGCCCCACCGGUCGUGACACCUGCAGCGGUGGAGGUGUCGACCCUAUUCACAACUACAUGGACUACUCCGAUGACCCUUGCAUGGACGAGUUCACCGCUGGACAAGUCACUCGUUUUGCCUCCCAGCUCCGCACUUACCGCAGCAUUUCCAUCUAAAUUCCUUAAAAUGUACCCGAUGUAAAAUCAGGUUACGAACUGCUGAAUGAAAUCGUUCAAUGAGACAUUACAGUCAAAUGUGUAUACAAAUAUAGCAAGAUAUAUCAA